UAAUAUUGUUUGGACCCAUAGUUCCGUGCGGUAACCACAGCUGUAAGAGAAAGGAAAUUGUUCGAUAACUGUUACGUUGUUUAUCUAUUAAAUAUCCAGUGCAUAAUCGACGAUCGAAUGAAACUAUCAACGUUUAAAGAUUUUAGAAACGGAUUAUAACAUAAAUACGUUAAAAGAUAGCAACUAAAAGCUCGGAUGACGUUGAAAAUGGAAGAAACGCAGACGACCAAGGACGGCGAACAGACGAAGGACGAGACGUCAGAUGCGCUGUAGAUAAACACGAUUAAAGACGUCUUUAGCCUUAUCGUCCGACGUCUUUGCUUCUCCUCGAUCGAAGUAUUAUUGUCUGCUGCGUCUGUUUUCAUUCAAAAGACAACCGGUCGUUAGUCGACCAAUCACGACACUCGACAGAAGCGAGGCUGAUUGGCGAUAGGGUGCAAUACUGAACUGUUCCUUAUCCUCAAACGCUAGAAGAGAACACGUGCUAACCAACCUUCCACUACACUGUCAUACAGACAUGUUUGCUUUUUUAAUAAUAAUCUCCCUUCCUCUUUCCGUUACUUAAACUAGUUUUUGGUAGUGUAAGGCGAGAAACCUGUCCGAAUGCUAAAUUAAUUUCUCUUUCGUGUUUAUUUCUUGUUUUAUUUUUAUUUAUUUUUUUUUGUGAAUAUCCGAUGUCGCAAAUGUACGACAUGACGAGUCACGGAGAUAGAUACAGAUCCAGGCCGAGUUUGAUUCCCGCUGCUCUCAAAUUUCAGGGAUUUCAGGGAUUAUGCGUAGGUGGUUUAGACAAUACCGCAUAUCUUCCAAGCACUAUGGCUUCACCUGCUCUUAUGGUCUUCGCAUCUACUGACGUUACUCAGGGAGGACUUCAUGUUCAAAGACCAUUUUCUGGUCAAGGCCUCGAUAAGGAUCUUCAUUCACCAUACACCAAUUCCAGUUCAUAUCCUGUAAGACCUAUAUUUAGUCAAAGUGAGGGUUAUCCACCCCUUCAAUCCCACGUAUAUCCUCAACUAGUCAAUACUAAUUUAGAUAGGCAAAUGGGUUUCUUAAAUCCCAGUUCAACUGGUGCUUUUAGGCCCAUGAAUACGGAGGACCAAAGCGUAAAUGGUUUCCGCGGCUCAGCAUUCAUCCCAGCCAAAUGUCUAAAACUAGAACCUACACCACCCAAUGAUUCAGUUAGUUCUGCCGGUCAACAACAUUUGACUACUCGGUAUCACAACGACGGCAAUUUCCAUAAUUUGCCAAAUCUUAGAAAUUCUCCGGUCGGAAUUAAAGAAGAAUGUAACACAGAUAAAGACUCAAAUACUACCAGUCCGGAAGUAGGAGAACGGCUGACCGAUACACCGGUUAUAGAUUCGGACACUACCGAAAGAACCACUCCGGAAGAAGGAAGAAUUUUAAGAAAAAUCAAAAAACGUGGCCCUUUUGAUGGUAAAUCACCAUGCUGUCCAAUAUGUGGAUUGACUAUACGCCAGCCAGAAUUAGCUGCCCAUUUUGAACAUGAAUUAGAUAAACUUGGAAAAAUUAACAAAACUAAACGACCAUCGAGGGAAAGCACACCUCAGAGUAGGUCAACACCUUCUAUACCAGGAAAUAAAAAAAAGGAACUUGGAAAUGACAAAGGAACUCCUGAAGUUCGAUGGGAGACAUAUCAACGUGUAAAGUCCAACCGGCAGAACAGGCUGAAUGCGUCGUCAUCACCAAUAUGUGCAGCUCGAAAAGGAAAGAAAAAAAGACCUAUGGAAGAAACAUGUUCUGUAUGCAAUGAACGAUUAUCUGGUACUUCAGAAGAAAUAAAUAAUCAUAUAGAAUCAUGUUUAAGAAAAAAAGAAACUGAAUCAGAUGAAGAAAAUGUUGAUGUAGAAGAUGAGUUUUAUGAAGAAUAUGAAUGGGCAGGUCAAACUCGAAUUAGAGCAACAUCACUUUUACAUGGAAGAUUUUCAGCAUCUGGCUAUCAGGUUGGUAAACAUGAUGACGAUGAUGAUGAUCAAGAUUUAAAUGUAGAUGGAGAUGACACUGUAACUUAUGGUCAAGCCCAAUAUACUGAAGCUGAUGUAAUCCCAUGUACUUCUGAUGAACCUCUAGAAAAUAAAGAAAGACAGGAAUUAAGGAAGGCUUUAUUAAUGAAUGAAACUCCAAACCAACAAAGAUUGUUGCAAUCUAGUAAAUGGAACAUGGAAAAUGAUGAUGGUAUUGAUGAGAAAGAAGUGAGUGCAGAUAAUCAUGUUGACAGUGAAAAUGAUGAUACAUCAGAGCAAGUUAUUACUUCUUUGAAAGAAAAAAUCAAAGAAUUAGAAGAACAGCAAAAAGUAGGAGAGAAAAUGAAGUGCCUGAUAUGUAUGGAUUCUUAUACAAAACCUGCUGUAUCUGUCUGUUGUUGGCAUGUUCAUUGUGAAGAAUGCUGGCUUCGAACCUUGGGUACAAAAAAACUUUGCCCUCAAUGCAAUGCCAUUACUUCUCCUGGAGAUCUUCGGAGAAUAUAUUUAUGAUUAAUUUUAUAUAUAUUUUAAUUAUAUUCCAUUUAUUUAAUAACUGUUAAAAAAAUAGGACAAGAAUAAAAGUUUUCUAAAUGAUUCUUUGAUAGAUAUACAAGAAAGAUAUAAAGAAAAGGCUUAUUUACAUAGGUCCAUGCAUAUGUAUACACUGCAUGAAUAAAAUUUUAUGUAUAUUGUGAUUAUGUAUAGAACAGUGCUAUGAAUGUUUUAAUAAUUAAAAAAGGGUAAUCAUAUUCAUAAUUUCAUUUUUGAUAACACUGCCAUUAUAGUGCAUUUUAAAACAGGCUUUAUAAACCUGCUUUAAAAUGAAUUCUUAUUUGGUCUUUUUUUAGAUAUAAAAUUAGACCAGUAAUUGAAUAAAUUUGCUUGCAUCUAUAUUUUAACAGGAAAAGUAAUUGAAGACUUCAUGUAUUAAAUUGUUGUUUCCAUGUUGAUGUACAGUGUAUUUUACACAUGUAUGUAGAGAAGUGAUUGUUUCUUAUCAUCAUGAUUUGUCAAAUAUUAAACAAUUGAUAGUCCUUAUCACCAAUAUUUUUAUGUUUAUAUUAUUUCUGGCAAAAUUUUCAAA